AGAAUCUACACCACUAAAAAUGACGAUAAACUACCACAAAGAGAUUAUGACAUCCCAUCCGUGGACCUUUUUCCUGCUACUAUUCAAAUGGAAGGGCUCAAUUUGGAAGGCUGUUUACAUGGAGACUAUCAUCUUUUUGAUUUGUUAUGGAAUAAUAUCAGUUAUUUAUAAAACCGCAAUGGGCGAAUCCAGUCAACGUACUUUCGAAUCGUUGGUAAGGUACUUUGACAAACGGCUGUCGUAUAUUCCACUGGAAUUUGUCCUUGGAUUUUUUGUGACUACGGUAGUCAAUCGAUGGACAAAGUUGUACCAAACGAUUGGAUUCAUUGAUAAUGUUGGUCUGAUGGCGAAUUGCUACAUUCGCGGCGCAACCGAGAAGGCUAGAAUCUAUCGACGAAACAUCAUGAGAUACUGCGAGCUCGUUCAAAUUCUCGUUUUCCGAGAUAUGAGCAUGAGAACUCGCCGGAGAUUCCCAACAAUGGAGACAGUUGUAGCCGCUGGAUUCAUGAACAAACAUGAACUUGAACUUUACAACAGUUAUGAUACGAAAUACAACAGCAAGUUGGGCACCAAAUAUUGGAUUCCGGCGAACUGGGCGCUUUGCAUGACUUACAAAGCACGUAAAGAUGGAUACAUCGAGAGUGACUAUUUCAAAGCUCAAAUGGAAGGAGAAAUCAGAACAUGGAGAACAAAUAUCGAAUGGGUGUGUAAUUAUGAUUGGGUACCAUUACCUCUGAUGUAUCCACAACUUGUAUGCCUCGCUGUCAAUUUGUACUUUUUGGUGUCAAUUAUUGCUAGACAACUUGUCAUUGAGAAGCAUAAGAUGGUUGAUGAAGUUGAUGUCUAUUUCCCUGUUAUGACUUUUCUCCAGUUCAUUUUCUAUAUGGGAUGGCUCAAGGUAAUCGAUGUUAUGCUGAAUCCAUUUGGAGAAGAUGACGAUGACUUUGAGACCAAUGCGUUAAUUGAUAGGAAUAUAACGAUGGGUCUGAUGAUUGCUGACAACCCAAUGAGUACACCAGAACUUCGGAAGGAUCCAUUCUACGAUGAAGUAGAUGUUCCACUGCUAUACUCGGAAGAAUCAUCUAACAUUCCAAAUCAUCAUUAUCACGGUUCAGUGUCCGAAGUGAGAUUGGAACAGAAAGGAAACGCGCCUGUAAUGAUGAUGCCUCACUCUCAGUCCGCAGCUAAUUUGCGACGAAUGAUGUCGUUCAAGUCGGUGGAUGAGGAUGAAAAGGAUAUCAACGCGUUCUCAAUGUCUCACGACGAUGCUAGAAUGAGGAACUGGCGUGAAGUUAGCCUUGAUUCGAGCUUUUUAGCAGAUCUCAAUGAGAAUAAAGAGUGGAAGAUACCGACGAAUCCGCAGAAAUUUUAGCGGAACUCCAACUAAUUUUAAUUAAUUGCUAUUACUUUUGAUAUGGGUAGAUGAUUUUCUAUUAACUAACUAACUUUGCUUUGUAUAAUAAAUGUGAAUAAAUAUCUCAAGUUUA